GAGUAAGGAGGAGGUUUGGACGCUGGAGGAACUGAGAGGGGUGAUCCAGGUUCGAAGGGCUGCACUCAAGCUGGCUCGCAGGGGGCGGGGCCUCGAGCUCGGGGCGGGGCCUAGAUCUCGGGGGUCGUCCUCGCUGUCUCGCCCACUUGCCUUCACCCGCACAUCCGUUCUUUUCGGUUAUUUUCUGCUACGGCCGUUCCCCGCCCUGCCUUGGGCCCACGGGGCAGUGAUCUGAUCUUUGGUCGGCUGGAGGAGUCGAGAGGCUGGCGAGACUGACUCCUGGAGCCUGGAGAUCCCGGGAGUGGCAAAAGUGUUAGGGAUGUGAUCUAAGCAGCCAAGGGAUCAGGGUUGGCGCCUUUGUACAUUAAGAAGUUAGGUUCGAAGAGUAAGAACUGCAGCCUUAAGACCAUGGGGAAGGGGGCGUGACCAUGGCGAAUCGGAGAACUGAAGACUUAAGAGCCCGGGGCUGAGAUAAUAUUGGAGGACAGGGCAGACCAAUGCACACAGGGGCAGUCCAAGAACAGCCUGAGCCGUGGAGUCCCCGCAGAACCCGCCGACUGACUGGUGAAAGUUUUUUUAACCACAGUCCCCGACCUUCUUCAAAAAUGGGGAACGUGCAGUCGGAGCCGUCCGCGGGCGGGGGUUCCCGAAAAGAACAGGCCUCAGACCGCGCCUCCGACUCCCGCAGGACGCCUCUGGUGGAGCCCGAGGUGACCCCCUCAUCCCCUGCCAUGCGCCUGGCUCGAGGGCUGGGCGUCUGGUUCCCUGGCAGUUCCGGGCCCCCGGGACUCCUGAUACCCCCGGAGCCCCAGGCCUCAUCCUCACCCCUGCCCCUGACCUUAGAACUGCCCUCGCCAGUGACACCCCCUCCAGAGGAGGCGGCUGCGGUCUCCACACCACCCCCGCCCCCCGUGGGGACCUUGCUGCCUGCGCCAUCUAAGUGGCGAAAACCCACGGGCACUUCAGUGCCUCGGAUCCGCGGUCUUCUGGAGGCGAGCCAUCGUGGUCAGGGUGACCCUCCGAGCCUCCGCCCGCUGCCACCGCUGCCCAGGCAACUGACCGAAAAAGACCCGGUCCUGAGGGCCCCAGCCCCACCUCCGACGCCCCUGGAACCUCGGAAACAACUACCGCCAGCACCAUCAACUUGCGACCCGCAGCCCCCGAACCGUAGAAUCACUCUGGCCUCGUCAGCCACAAGCCCCACAGAAAGUCAGGUCAGACACAGCAGCGAGGGUCAGGCGGCCGGGGGAGCCCACGGAGGGGUACCUCCCCAAGCCGGAGAGGGCGAAAUGGCUCGGUCCGCUACUUCCGAGUCUGGCCUGAGUCUGCUGUGUAAAGUCACCUUCAAGUCGGGGCCCCAUUUGUCCCCCACAUCGGCCUCGGGCCCCUUAGCAGCCAAAGCCUCACCCGGGGCCGGUGGUGGCGGAGGAUUGUUUGCCUCUUCUGGGGCCAUCUCCUAUGCUGAGGUCCUGAAGCAAGGGCCCCAACCUCCUGGAGCCACUCGUCCAUUGGGAGAGGUCCCUCGUGCAGCUCAGGAAACCGAGGGUGGUGACGGAGAUGGCGAAGGGUGUUCUGGUCCCCCUUCGGUGCCUGCUCCCCAUGCCCGGGCUCUACCGCCACCCCCUUACACCACCUUCCCAGGUUCAAAGCCCAAAUUCGACUGGGUGAGCCCUCCUGAUGGCACUGAACGGCAUUUCCGAUUCAAUGGGGCUGUCGGGGGAAUCGGGGCACCCCGACGGCGCACGACCACGCUCUCAGGGCCUUGGGGAUCCCCUCCACCAAGGUCAGGUCAGACACAUCCAUCUUCAGGGCCUCGGAGGCCCACACCUGCCUUGUUGGCACCACCCAUGUUCAUCUUCCCAGCGCCAAACAAUGGCGAGCCUGUUCGCCCAGUGCCUCCAAGUCCACAGCAGAUACCGCCUCUGCCGCCACCACCACCCACGCCACCAGCCACGCCACCACCGGCGCCACCACCCACACCACAGCCACCAGCGCUCCCGAGGACGCCGAUACUGGUGGCCCGUCCACCUACCCCAGGCCCUGGCCACUUAGAGUCAGCCUUGGCUCCCACCCCUCCCUCCACUUUAUCCCCAACUGCAGCUGCCGACCAGGUCCCAGCUGCAACUCCAGCCACAGUUACAUCCCAAGUUCCAGCAACCGCCACCGCUGAGCUGUCACCGCCAAUGCCCCAACCCAAGACUCGUACACGCAGGAACAAAGGUCCCCGAGCGGCCCGGGGUGUUAUCCGUGAAGAAGGGACUUCUGGAGAUGGCCCUCGAGAACCGAAUACGGCUCCGGUGACUGACAGCAGCAGUGGAGGGGGUGGCGGUGGUAGCAACGGAACCUCCACAGCAGGGGCCUCUAACAAGGGAACAGCAAGGCACUGGCCGCCUUUCGAGGUGCUUAAUUCCUGUCCCUGCAAGUGCUACUGCCGCCAUCAACGUCGUCACCGUCGGCUGCCACGCAACGUGUCUGCCUGGCUGAGUACACCUACCAACCACCUGAGUGAGCCACCGUGGGUGGCCACUGUCAAGCUGGCCGGCUCCCUAGUAGCGGGCCUGGAACACUACGACUUGCAGGCCACCCAUUCUACCUGAGUGCAACUGCCCAACCCCCUCUGCCUCACCCUCCUUGCCAAUAAAGUACCCAGUCUACAAGUUGCCUAACUGCCUGUCCAUUACCACUUGAGGUGGCUGGUCCAGGACUGGGGUAUUGUUCUC